AUGGUGCGGUCUCUUCUUCUCUCAUGUGGGUUGCUGUCGUUCGCUCUCGCAGAAUCAGGUUGGCCGUCUACGUCAUUCCAGACUGGAGAAUGGCAACCCCCGUAUCUGAGCCUCAAUAAAACCGGUGAAACGGACCCAGGAUAUCUUUUUAUAGGCGUUCGAAAAUACAAACAAGCCGGCAACGCGCCCACAAUCUUCGACAACAAUGGCAACAUGGUGUGGCAGGGCCCACAUGGGGAGAACAUGGAUUUUAAGGUGCAAAAGCUUUUUGGCCGGGAUGUGAUCACAUAUUGGGAUGCACAGCCAGAUCUCAGGGUGCUAGGUUAUGGAUCAGCACAUAUUCUUGACACCUCAUAUCAAGAAAUCUUCACAGUCACCCUGAACGAUGACUUCCAGACUGCCAGUGGCAAAAUAUUUGACUCUUAUAUCGAUGGUCACGAGCACUACAUCACGCCCCAAAAUACUAUGCUGGUCUCGGCUGUCAAUUUUACCCAAACAGACACUAGCCAUCUGAGAAGAGGUAGGCCCGACAUGUGGGUCAUUGACUCUCUGUUCUACGAAAUCGAUAUCAAAACAAAUCAGAUCUUGUUCAAAUGGGAUGCACUGGAGCACAUUCCGAUCUCCAAGACAAGACUUGACCUGAAAGGUGGCAAGAAUUUGACAGACGCGUGGGAUGCUUACCACAUAAACUCGGUCACGCCUACGAGACAUGGAUAUCUGGUUAACUUUCGACACAUCUUCUCUGCUUUCUAUAUCAACAAGAACGGUUCCGUCCGAUGGGAACUAUCUGGUGACAGUGAAGGUGGCGGUGACUUCAAAAGUCACAACGUAAAGUUUGAAUGGCAACAUGACAUUCGUGUCUACAACGAAUCUGACGAAAGCCUGGUUCUCAGUCUAAUGAACAAUGAUGCCAUGGAAAAUCAGGACAAAGGCCCAUCAAGAGGACUGGUUGUCUACAUUGACCUCGUCAGCAAGGAGGCAUGGAGAACACACGAGUUGACAGAUCCAACGGACAUCGUUGUCAGCGCAACCCAAGGUAGCCUCCAGUUUCUCCCAUACACAGGAACAGAACACAUGCUACUAGGCUACGGGUCGAUACCAAAAUUCAAGGAAUACGAUGCAGACGGAAACGUGGUUCUCAGUGGUCAAUUUGGAAUCAACCCAUUUGAGGCGAAUGCCUACCGGAUAUUUAAAUUCCCAUGGAGAGCUUAUCCGCAUUGGGAUCCUGUUCUAGUCGUCAACCAAACAACAGAGUAUACCACCGAUGUUUACAUGAGCUGGAACGGUGCUACAGAUUACGACAACUGGGCCAUUUUAUCAGCCCCCUCUAAGACCUCCUUAUUACAGGAAGAAAAACUCCUCCUGGCUCAUGAACGGACUGGAUUCGAAACCCAUGUCCAACUUGAAAAUGUCAACGCUAAAUUCAUCUUUGCUGUUGCCAGAGAGGGCGAGAAGAUCUUGGCAAAGUCACCUAUUGUGGAGUAUUCUGCUUGCUUCAUUACUCACGGACAAAAGAGCCUAAACGGCUUUGAGAAGGACGGAUGGGACUACAUUUGA